ACACCGUCGGUGACCGGACAAUUUUUAAAUUUCAUCCACUAAUAUAAUAUUAUUAUGAUUAAACUACUUUUAUAGAUUUGUAGUGACAUUCGAUCGUGUAUUAUGAAAAAAUACAAACAUAUUUGCUUAUUAUAAUUAAUUAUUAAAUACUUUAAGCGUGAAUUCGUGACACUCAGAACAGAUUUACAAAAAGCUAAAAAAAUUUACAUACGAUUGUUUUUUGUGUCAUGAUUUCUCUCUAAGAUCUCCAAGACUAAUUUGCUAUACAUUUUGGCCAUUGGUUAAAAGUAUUUCAUAUUAUUUCAAUUAUCAAUUUUCACUGAUUACUAUGUCUAGCCAAAUCAAGCCAAUAAAUAAAUUGGACGUUCAUAAAAUAUGCUCUGGUCAAGUUGUAUUGAACUUGGCUACAGCAGUAAAGGAGUUAAUAGAAAACAGUUUAGAUGCUGGAGCCACUUCAGUUGAAAUUAAACUAAAAGAAUUUGGUAAAGAUUUAGUAGAAGUAAUAGAUAAUGGAGCUGGGGUUCAUCCAGACAAUUUUGAAGGACUUGCUUUAAAACACCAUACAUCCAAAAUUCAAGACUUUGCUGAUUUAACUUCAGUAGAAACAUUUGGUUUUCGAGGAGAAGCGUUAAGCUCAUUAUGUGCUUUAAGUGAUGUAACAGUUACCACUAGACAUUCAUCACAAGAGUGUGGAAUUAAAUUAGUGUUUGAUCAUUCAGGAAACAUUAAACUUAAAGUCCCUAUUGCUAAGCAAAUUGGAACAACUGUUACUUUAUCUAAUUUAUUUUCUUCAUUACCUGUAAGACAUAAAGAAUUUCAUCGAAAUUUAAAAAAAGAAUUUGGAAAAAUGAUCCAAGUUGUGACUGGUUACUGUUUAGUUGCUACUCAAGUGAAAUUAUCAUGUGUUAAUCAAACAAAAUCUUCAAACAAUGUUCUCCUAUCAACACAUGGUAGCAACACAGUAUUAGAAAACAUAUCAUGCAUUUAUGGUUCUAAACAGGCCAAUAGUUUGUUAGUUUUAAAAAAAGUCAUUCCUGUAGAUGAAGUAGAUGAUACAUCAAAUAUUUUUGAAAUAGAUGGCUAUGUAUCUAGUUGUGAUCAUGGUGGAGGCAGAAGUUCUAAGGACAGACAAUUUUAUUUCAUUAAUUCAAGACCAUGUGAACCUAUAAAAGUUAUAAAAACAGUUAAUGAAGUUUACCAUCAAUAUAAUCAAAAUCAAUAUCCAUUUAUUUACUUAAAUAUAACAAUUGCAAGAGAUGAAGUAGACAUUAAUGUGACACCUGAUAAAAGACAAAUAUUUUUGUCUAAUGAAAAUUGCUUAGUCUCAAUAAUUAGAGCCAGUUUAAAUAAACUGUUUGAAAAUAUUCCAUCUACUUACAAGAUUAAUACAUUGUUGUAUGAAUCGAUAUCAACUAAAAGACCAUAUGAAUCAAUUACAGAAAGUAAAAAUUGUAAAUUACUGAAAUUUGAUGAAAGUAAUGAAUAUGAAAGUAAAGAAACACCUAGUCAUUCAGAACAAAUUAAAGCUAAACUCAAUAAAUGGAAAUCUGAUAAAUCUAAAAUAGCUGUUCCUGAAACUAUAGAUAAAUUUCUUAAACCAAAAAUUGAGCAUAUUGAUAAUGUUCAGAAAAAUCAUUAUGAGGAAUUAAUAGAAAACAAAGUAUCUAAUAGUCCAUUAAAAUGUACUGAUACUUUUGAAAUUGAUGGCAAAGAUGAAAAUACUGAAACACAGAAACAAGACAAUAUUAAACUAAUUGAAUAUCCUGUUCAUAGUGAAAAUGUGGAUGAACAGAAACAAGUAAACAUUAAAAAUUAUGAAAACAUUUAUACACAUAUUAAUAAUUCAAAAGGUAAAAAUAUCGAACUAACUGAAUAUUCUGUUCAUAGUUCAAGUAGUGAAAAUAUAAAUGAUAAUACAUUUUGUUUAAAUAAUGUUACUGAAAAAUCAGAUACUGAAGAAGACAAAUAUGAUUCAAUAAAAAUGAGUGAAGUUAAAAAUGUAUCUAUUGAAGAUAUCAAUACUUACUGUGAUUUAUCUAAAAUAAAAGCUAAUGCUAGCAUAAAAAUAGACUCUUCUAUAGCACCCAAGGAAAGAAAAUUUUCAGUAGUUGAGACCAAUAUCGAACAAAUUAAACAAAGGCUGAACAAUUUAAGAUUUCAAACAUCUAAAAAACAGAAAACAAAAACAAGAUUUUUUGCAACUAUUGACCCAAGUAAAAAUCAACAAGCCGAGGGUGAAUUAAGUAGAGAAAUUUCUAAAGAUAUGUUUUCUAAAAUGAGUAUUAUUGGUCAAUUUAAUUUAGGUUUUAUCAUUACCAAGCUUGAUGCUGAUCUAUUUAUAGUUGAUCAGCAUGCCACUGAUGAAAAAUAUAACUUUGAAACAUUACAAAAUACAACAAAAAUCACAAGCCAAAAAUUAGUGGUACCUCAGCAAUUAGAGUUAACUGCUGUUAAUGAAAUGGUAUUAAUGGAAAAUAUUAAUGUUUUUCAAAUGAAUGGAUUUGAUUUUCAGUUCCAACAAGAUGCUGAACCAACAAAAAAAGUUAAGUUAACUAUGAUCCCAAUGAGUAAUAAUUGGAGUUUUGGUAAAGAGGAUGUUGAUGAACUUUUGUUUAUGUUACAAGAUGCGCCAAAUACUCUCUGUAGACCUUCAAGAGUUCGUUCAAUGUUUGCUUCUCGUGCUUGUCGUAAGUCUGUUAUGAUUGGUACAGUAUUAAACUUGAGUGAUAUGAGAAAACUUAUUGACCACAUGGGAGAUAUUGAACAACCUUGGAAUUGCCCUCAUGGAAGACCAACAAUGAGACAUUUAGUAAACCUUUCAUUACUAAACGUUAAAAGAGAAUAAAUAUGUAUUUUAAGUAAAUUAUUUACUAGUACGUAAAAAAUACAAUAACAACCAUAAGAUUUAUAAA